AUGGCUCUUCAAGCUAUCAAAUACACCCGAGGCACCCUCUCAAUCCUCGACCAACUCUUCCUCCCCCACCAAUCAAUCUACAUCUCCGUCCCCGACGUAACAACCGCCUGGAAUGCCAUCAAAACAAUGCAAGUCCGGGGUGCGCCCGCCAUUGCCAUCGUCGCCGUCCUCUCCCUCGCCGUGGAACUCCAUAACAACCCUCCUUCCUCCAACCCAAAAGAAGAAAUACACCAGAAACUAGACUACCUCGUUACUUCCCGCCCUACAGCAGUGAACUUGGCUGACGCCUCUAACAAACUAAAGUCGCUUACGAAUUCCGUUGCAAAUGAAACUCCGGAGAUUGUCACAAAGACGUUUAUUGAGGCUGCAGAACAGAUGUUGACGCAGGAUGUGGAGGAUAAUAAGGCGAUUGGACAUCAUGGCGCCCAGUGGAUCCAGAAUGCUGUUGGGAAGACUUCUGAUAUAAAAGUCCUUACCCACUGCAAUACCGGGAGCCUGGCAACAGCCUCAUACGGCACGGCCCUCGGCAUCAUCCGGUCCUUACACUCCGAUACCUCCCUCUCCCAUGCCUACUGCACCGAAACUCGACCCUAUAACCAGGGUUCCCGACUCACAGCCUACGAAUUAGUCCACGAGAAGAUCCCUUCUACUUUAAUAACCGACUCCAUGGCUGCUUCUCUUCUCUCCCACCAACAGAUCUCGGCGAUAAUAGUUGGAGCCGACCGAGUCGCUGCUAACGGAGAUACUGCGAAUAAAAUUGGUACUUUCCAAUUAGCUAUAAUUGCCAAACACUUUGGAGUUAAAUUUGUGGUUGCGGCGCCAACUACCUCUGUUGAUUUGGAGACUAAGAGCGGAGAGGGGAUUAAGAUUGAGCAGAGGCCUGGGUGGGAGGUUUUGGUGGUUUCGGGACCGACGGUUGUUAAUGUUCCUGGGAAGGAUGAUGGGACGGUGAAGGUUAAUGUGGAAGAUGUUAGGAGUGUUAAGCAGGCUGCUGAUGGGAUUGGCGUUUUUAAUCCCAGUUUUGAUGUUACACCUGCGGCUUUGAUUGAUGCUAUUGUUACGGAGAAUGGAGUGGUUGAGAAGAAUGCGGAUGGGGUGUUUCCUAUGCAUGAAGCCUUUAAAUAA